CGGGCGAAGCGAGCAGAAAAGGCGGUGGGUGCACCGGCGACGCGAUGAACUACCUCUCCUUGCGGCGCUCCAACUCGAUCUCAUCGGCGAACGAAGCAGGGGUGAACCCAUCCUUGCGCAGCAUCUAUUCCAAUACAAACUCGGGCCAACGUGCCCUUGUCUUCACAGUCCAAGUUCCAGAACGUGGUCCCCUUGGGCUCGACCUGCGCGCUAGAAAUGUCACGAGUGCGCAGGGCCAGACUGGUGCCAUUGUCAAAGGGUUCCGACCAGUCAAAGGCGGCAAGCGCGGGUUCAUCGAGCUCACGGGUCGCGUCAAAGAAAAGGAUAUCCUGAUGCAAAUGCACACAUCCAAGGUUGACGACAUGUUGUUCGAUGCGAUCGUUGAACUGGCCGGGAGUCUCCAGUCCGAUCUGUCGGCAUGGCCACUGCGAUUGGAAUUUCGGCGGGAGCCUGAGGAAGUUGAAGUCAAGCCCAAGACACAAUCGUUUACGCGCUUUUUGCGCAGUACCAGCAUGUCUCUAGCUGGCUUUUCGACCCCUGCUCCCGCGCCUUCCAAUGCAGCUGUGCCUGCUUCCGCACCUAUUGUGGCGGCACAGGACGGAACGUUCCAGGACAAACUGAACUACUUUCGCGGGUUCUUUAAGGAUCGCCUCCCAACGUCCACCGACGCGAAGCGUGCCAAGCUCGCGAUUCCUCCACUUCCGUCGGAGGACCUCGUCAACGAAAUGUACCGCGACUUGCUCGUCAAGCGGAACGUGCCCGACGACGUGCUGGACGAACUCGUUCGGAUCGAACAGCUCGACCAAAAGUGGCAAAUCGUGUGGUCGGCGAAGCAAAACGAAAACAACGACAACCACGUGUACAUUGCGGAUGCCAUCAAACUCGCGGAAGCCCUCGUCGAGCUCAACUGGGACAACCGCGGCCUCCAAGUUCUCGAAACGUUGCAGCGUAAGAUUGCGGCGGGAACUCCCGAGUGGACGGACCAGUUUAUCGUGUCAUACGGUCUGGACUACCUCGCGAUGAAGAUGCCCGAGCCAUCGCCGUAUUCCAUCGAGCAUUUUUACAAAAACUUUGAUCGGGCGUCGCGGUUUUGCGAAGUGAUGUUGAAGAUUUUGCUCUCAUUGUCCCAUUUCGCGAGCGGUAUCGAUGCGAUCACGCAGACACUUGGCCUCGUCGAUCGUCUCGCGCUGUGUUUCCACACGGACAACGCCGACGUGAAGCGCACGACGCUGCAAGUCCUCGGGAUCAUUUGCUACAACAGCGCCGAGGGCCAUGCCGCCGUCGUCCACAGUUUUGGCAACUACCAGGAAGUAAAAGGGGAGCGCGUGAGAUUCACGUGCCUUCGGGACGCGCUCAGGUCGACUCGAUACAACUUGCUCUUCAAAGAAGACGUCCUGAGUUUCAUCAACAUCCUCGUGAACAAAGGGCUGCGUGUCGAGUCCCGCGUGGCCAUUCGCCAAGACUUCAUGACGCUCGGUAUUGGCGAAUACUUUGAAGAGAUUCGAACCAAGUCCAACAACAUGUACAAGCAAGCGGCCAAAGUCAAAAAGAAGAAUGCGAAAACGAAACCUGCUAAGUCGCCAUCCCAACCGACUCCGAAAUCGUCUACCUCGACCGCGCCUUCGCUGCCCGUGCCACCGCUGGCCCUCACACGAUCCAACAGCACUAUUUCCGACUAUACUACCCCUCAUCACGAUGCCCACGGUACAGCGCAAGUGAACACGAUCAAAGAAGGGAGCGCCAGUGCACCAGACGUCCAUCCGGUCGAGCCAUUGAUAGUCCUUCCCGACAUUCCAAAACCUACAGGGAAUGCCAAGACGUCGUUCGAUGUUCCCGAACCUCUGCUCGUGUUUGAUGCAGCGCCUGUCGCACAAGCGAGUAGCGGGGCGGCAUGCCCUAACAAGUCUCCGUUGGUCGAUGGUGCAUUCUUGUCAAGCUUUCCCCGGCCAUCGCUACCCCCCCUCGACGUCAUUCAUGAUGAAGAUGACGAUGACAUGCAUGACGAGGACGUUUGCAGCGUCGACGACGACGACGAGUCGCCGAUCCAGCUCCAAAUCAGAGAACAACUGGACAACGUGGAAAAGCAGAUUGAAGUGUUUGAGCUGUUUAUGGCGGAUGAUCGAAAAGACACGCUGUAUGGGAGCACCGAUUUGAGUUCAAUGGAGUCAGUGAUGCGGUCGCUCAUGGAGCGGGUGAACGUGGAUGAGUUUCUCCGGGACUGCUUGCUCUCCAUCUUGCAACAACUGCUCUUCAUCCCGUCCGAGACUGUGCUGGGCAAGGAAAUGUGGGCCAUGGCGGAGCGUGUGACGAAAGAUAUCGCGCUCCUGUCGCCCGUCGAAGAAGUCCGGCAGUACGAACUUAGCUUCCAGGACCGCAAGAAGCUCAUGCAAGCCCGUGACAAAUUUUCGGCCUUCUUGGCGGAGCACGAACCUGCCGACCUCCAUGUCAUGCACAUCGGACAUCCCAUUGCCCUCAUGGAAAAUCGCAUCAACAACUCGGACGACUUGCUAUCCGACACUGACAUGGACACGGACUCGACGUCGGAAGAAGACAACCAGAGCGAAUUGGAAGACGACGAGAUUUCACAACGACUAGAUGCAUUCCGGAAGCUGCGCAAGAUGGGCAUGCCCGUCGAACAGCUGCAGCUCAAGAUGCAGCUGGAAAACCUCGACAUCGCCUGGCUGGACAAGUACAAGCUGAAGAAGAGCACCAAGCAAGCGCAAGUCAUGGUCAAGGACCACGACGACUAUCAAAAGUAUUGCAAAUUGCUCAGCAUGGGGAUGCCACUCGCGCACGUUCAAAUGAAGGUGGGCGCCGAAAACCCAGCGCUGGACGGCAACUUGCUGGCUACGCCGGAGAAAAUGAUUCCUCUGGACGGCGCGGAAGAAGAGAUGGAAGCAGCAGCCCCAGCCGGUGUGCGCGCCGACGAGUGUCCUGCGCUGGCCAAGUUCUUCAAAUUGAAGAAAAUGGGCAUGCCGCCUCCGCAGAUUCAGAUGAAGAUGCAAGCAGAGGGGUUCAAUGGCGAUUUGCUCUUGGCACCGGAGACUCUCGUCGAUGACGAUGGCCAAAAGGUUGUCAUGUUGGCGCCAGUCGACGAGGCAGCACCUCCUGGUAUCCGUGCGGAUGCGAGUCCUGCACUGACCAAAUUUUUCAAACUCAAGAAGAUGGGUAUGCCCCAGCCGCAAAUCGAACUCAAAAUGCAAGCGGAGGGUUUCGACAGCGACUUGCUGUCCGCACCCGAGACAAUCGUGGACGAAGACGGAAAAAAAGUUGUCCUUCCGGCCCCAGUUCCUGCUGGAAUCCGCGCCGACGCAUGUCCCUCUCUGGUCAAGUUUUACAAGCUGCAAAAAAUGGGCAUGCCUCCACCUCAAAUUCAAUUGAAAAUGGAGGCCGAGGGUUUUGACCCAUCGUUGCUCUUGGCGCCAGAAACCCUCGUUGAUGAUGACGGCAAGAAGUUUAUCGCGCCGUCGGCUGGUGUCCGCGCCGACGCAUGCGCCGCCUUAGCCAAGUUUUUUAAGCUCAAAAAGAUGGGCAUGCCCGCAGCGCAGAUUCAGCUCAAGAUGCAGUCGGAAGGUUUCGAUCCAGCGUUGAUUGAUGCCCCCGAUACCAUCGUGAACGAUGACGGUAAAGUCCCCAAGGCACCGAGCGAUAUGGUCGCAGCCAAGGACCACCCGACAUAUGCCAAAUACUUUAAGCUGAUGAAAAUGGGCAUGCCAAUGGUGCAAAUUCAACUCAAAGUGUCAAGCGAAGGGCUAGACCCUGCAAUUCUCGACACGCCGGACGCCUUGCUGCCCGAAGACUUGUCCAACCAAGCAGAUGCCUCCAAGAAGGACGCUGCGCCGAAAAUGGUGCGCGUCGCCGACCACCCGAGUUACGCCAAGUACUUUAAGCUGCAGAAGAUGGGCAUGCCUCCACCACAAAUCCAGCUCAAGAUGAAAGCGGAAGGAUUGGACUCCGACUUGUUGGACUCGCCGGACAAAGAAAUUCCCGAAGUCGCCGAACCCGCUGGCCCUGUCUUGGUCAAGGACCAUCCCGAGUAUAGCAAAUACUUGAAACUGCAGAAAAUGGGCAUGCCGCCACCACAACUUGAACUCAAAAUGAACGCGGAAGGGCUCGACUUUGCCCUGUUGGCCACUCCAGAUGCCGAGGUCCCAGGCAAGGCGACACCUGUGACCAAAGACGAAACCAAACCUUCGAUUGGCGGCGCCGUCAACGCUCUUAAGUUUGUCGCCAAGAUGAAGGCAAAGCCCAAGCUGCGCAACUUGUACUGGGAGCCCGUGCACGCUGUAGUGAAAGAAACGUCGUUGUGGGCCAACCUUGACAUCACAAGCGAAGGCGAGAACACCGAAUCCAAGCACUUGCACGACCUCGUCACGCUGUUUGCCAGUGCGCCGCCACCGACAAAAGAAAAAUCAGCGAAAAAACCCACGAUGAAGAAAAAGGCGGCGACGCGUGUUGGGUUGAUCGAAGUCAAGCGCGCCAACAACAUCGGUAUCAUGCUGGCUCGGUUCCGGCUGCCUUACGCUGAGAUCAAGCGAGCAAUACUCGAAAUUGACCGGGAUAUUCUGUCGAGCGAAAAGGUCGCAGCGUUGAUUCAGUUUGCGCCGGAAGGGGACGAACUCGACACAGUGAAAGCGUAUACCGGCGAUCCCAAGCUUCUCGGUGACGCAGAGCAGUAUUUUGCCGAAAUCGCAGGAAUUCCGCGGUUCCAAACGCGGCUGCAGUCGCUGCUGGCCACCAUGCAGUUUGAUUCGAAUGUCGACGAGCAACGCCGGCUCAUCACGAGCGUCGUUUCGACGUGCAAAGACUUGAAGAACAACGAAGCCAUUCCGCAAAUCCUCAAGAUCGUGUUGCAACUGGGAAAUGCUCUGAACGAAGGCACGACUCGAGGUGCGUUCGGGGCCGCUCGAGACCGUUCCUGACGUUUGGCACAGGGUCGGCGUCGGGUUUCAAGUUGAGCAUUUUGCUCAAACUCGUCCAAGUCAAGGCCGCCGACAACAGCAUGACAUUGCUCAACUAUUUGGCCAAGAUCUUACGGGACAAGGAAUCGGACUGGCUCAACUUUAUCGACGCGAUACCGUCCAUCCAAGAAGCGAGUCGCGUUACGCACCAGGUGCUGAAAGCGGGCGAAGCAUCCAUUCGAAAGGCCGCCGACUUGGUCGUGCACGAGCUGGAACUGCACCGAAAACUGCCCGAAAUUUUGGACAGCGACAAGUUUCAGGACGUUGUUGGCCCGUUUGCCAACAAAGCUCAAGACAUCUCCCAAGCGAUUGCGUCGGAAUUUGAAGCGAUGCAAGCUGCCUUUAGCGACUGCGUCCGGUGGUUUGGCGAAGACCCGGACGCGGCCGGGAUGGGGCCCGACUCGUUUUUUUCAAUUUUCCUCAGCUUUGCGCAAAUGCUGCAAGUGGCCGAUCGCGACAACGAGCGCAAACGCAUCGCCGAAGAACGCCGGGUCCGCCGCGAGGCCGAGACGAAGAAGCGGAUGGAAAUGCUGGCCUCGUCCAAGCAGCAGAAAACGAGUCUCGAGUUCAAUUCGCUCAAAGCGGGCGACGCUCACGCGAUCGUCAAGAAAAUCCGAGGCAAGCGCACCGAGGAAAAGCGAAAAGAGUUGGUCGAGCAAGGGUUCGACCACACCAACACGGAUUCGUUUUGUUCGUCCUCGAGCGUCGACAAGAAAAAGGGAAAACUGGCGGGCGAGUCGGGCCCGAUUGCAGUGGACACGCAGUCCAUUGCGGCAUGAGCGCGCGCCACCAACAGCGCAACGAUCCAACCGUAACUAUUUAAUCCACUGGUGGUUUGUGGCGGGGCUCCAGCAAGUGGGGUGAAGUGGAGGAUGGUAUGAGGGGCGACCACCACGCGGCAUGAUCUCUGUCGGGACCACGCGGACAGGACCGAAUCGACCUACCACGGCCUCGAACUCUUCACGAGAACACUUGUGACGAUCUCGACUCGGGCGGCGCACGACAAUCCGCUGAGAACGUGUGUCGUCGUGGAUCGUGGUGGGGAUAUGUUCGGCGGUGGCGGCAACGCAUCCCACUUUCUGCGCACGUGGUCCCACUGAUAUCUCGAGGGCGACGCCAAUCCCCGCGACAACCAAGGAGGCGACUUCCUCGUCUGACCGACUCGAUAGCAUGGACAAAGGCUUGCCAUCCAUCGUCCUUGCAUUCUGCGCGCCGAGUUGUUGUCGAGGCGAGACAGCAGCGUCCCCUCGAUCCUUGAACAAUUGGGUGUCAUGUCGUAUCGUUUGUUC